CCAUUCUGCCGGCUGACUGAUCCAGUCUGCGGUGUGGACCCCGCCGCCCCUGGGGUGCUGCCAGGACUGGGCGGCCGGGCUGUCCUCCCGUGGCGGCGAGGCCGCCUGCUGAGCAGAGCAGGAGGCUGCCGGACUUGGGGUUCUGCUGUCGUGCGCUCCGAGGACCCCCGGGCGUGCAGCGGGCAUCCUCGGCGGUCCAGGGGGGCACAGAGCUGCAGGGAACUCUGACGCCUCUCUGACAACGCAGGCCGUGUUGCCUGGGAAACGCUUCUGUUUCCCCAGGGCUCUGCACACGCCCCGGGGCAGCUAUGGAAGAAGCAGCUAAAGUUAUUCCAAGAAAACAGUCAAGUUUGGUAAUAAGAGGAAGUGACCUCUCCCCCGGGCCUCUGGGCUGGGUUCCUGGGAGUGCACCUGCCAGGAGGAAACCGGGCACAGCCCCGGGACGUGACCACUCGCUGGGCUCCCGGGCCUGCCGGCCAGGGGUCUGGGCAGCGCUGGGCCCAGGCCGGGCCGUGGGCAGCUUCCCAGUGCCGGAGGCAGAGGGAGCCGAGCGGAGCCGGUGGGCUGAGGGUGUAGAUAAGCGAGAGCAAACAGGCCCGGCGGCGCGCAGCCUGCCCGAGGGCCUGGUCCGCUGCGGGCCUGGGCUGGGCUGGCAGCCUCUCCGCGCGGGCUCGGGUGCAGAGGGGCCCUUGCUGGAGCAGAGGUGUGACCGGACGCGGCGAUGGAGGGAGCUGGGGCCGAGACAGCCCGGGUCCCCGGGCAGCCCUUCCUCGCAACUCUGGGUGACCCACAGGGGACCCUGCGGUCAGGGCACAGGCGGUGGUUCUUCAGGAGGAGCCCUCGGGCCAGGGGCCCCACCGGGCCAGAGGAGGGAGAAUCUUCACGGGAGGUUCCGAGUGGAGCUCAGCACGUCGGUGCCAGCCAGGUCCUCUCCAACCCGUCUCUGCCUGCUUGUGCCCAGGAGCCAGCGAUGAAGCAGAGCUUCGCCUUUGACAACGCUGGCUACGAGGACGGGCUGCCCGGAGUGCACCCUUCCCAGACGGCCAUUGGCACCGCCAGCGUUUUGGGCAUGACGUGCCAGUCCUGUGUGAAGUCCAUCGAGGACCGGAUUUCCAGGUUGAAAGGCAUUGUGAGCGUCCGGGUUUCCCUGGAACAGGGCAGUGCCACUGUGAAAUAUGUGCCGUCGGUCGUGAGCCUGUCGCAGGUGUGCCGUCAAAUUGAGGACAUGGGCUUCGAGGCCAGCGUCGUGGAAGGAAGGGCCGCCUCCUGGCCCUCGAGGUCCUUGCCCACCCCGGAGGCCGUGGUCAAGCUUCGGGUGGAGGGCAUGACCUGCCAGUCCUGCGCCAGCUCCAUAGAAGGAGAGCUCGGGAGACUGCAGGGAGUCAGCAGGGUCAGAGUCUCGCUCGGCAGCCGGGAGGCAGUUGUCACCUACCAGCCUUGUCUCAUUCAGCCCCGAGACCUCAGGGACCGCGUGAACGACAUGGGCUUCGAAGCCACCAUCAAGACCAAGGUGGCUCCCCUGAGCCUGGGGCCCAUUGAUGUUGGGCGGCUGCAGAGCGCCAACGCAGAGACACCCCCGGCCUCCGCCAGCCAGAAUCUCAGUAACCCUGAGACUCUGCGCCACCGAGGCAGCCGUGUGGUCACCCUGCACCUGAGCAUAGACGGAAUGCACUGUAAGUCUUGCGUCCUGAAUAUUGAAGAGAAUAUAGGCCAACUUCCAGGGGUUCAAAAUAUCCAUGUGUCCUUGGAGAACAGAGUGGCCCAAGUUCAGUAUGAUCCCUCCCGGGUCUCCCCAGCGGCCCUGCAGAGGGCCGUGGAGGCUCUUCCCCCCGGGAACUUCAAGGUCUUUCUUCCUGACGGAGCCGACGGGAGUGGGGCGGAUGACCGGCCUCCCGCGUGUCGCCGGGGCCCGACCCCAGGCAGCCAGGCACAAGGCGUGAGCUGCUCCGGGGGCCUUGCCAUCGGUGGCAUGACCAGCACGUCCUGUGUCCAGGCCAUCGAGGGCCUCGUCGCCCAAAGGGAAGGGGUGCAGCAGAUAUCAGUCUCCUUGUCCGAAGGGACCGGAACGGUUCUCUAUGACUCCUCUGCGAUCACCCCGGAAGAGCUGCGAGGUGCUGUGGACGACAUGGGGUUUGAAGCUUCCGUCAUUUCUGAAAACUGCUCUAGCAACCAUGUGGGAAACCACAUGGCGGGGAGUUCCGUGGUGCCAGCUGCAGCGUGCACACCUGCGCCGGUGCGGGAAGUGGCUCCCCACGCUGGCCACAGUCCCGGCCGCUUGACGGCCCCGCGAGCCUGCGCCACAGUGGAGCCGCAGAAGUGCUUCUUACAGGUGACGGGCAUGACCUGUGCCUCCUGUGUGUCUCACAUAGAGAGAAGCCUGCAGAAGGAGGCCGGCGUCCUCUCCGUGCUUGUCGCCUUGAUGGCCGGGAAGGCAGAGGUGAAGUACGACCCGGGGCUCAUCCAGCCCCCGGAGAUCGCCGAGCUCAUCCGGGGCCUGGGCUUCGGGGCGGCGGUGAUGCAGGACCACGUGGGCCCGCACGGAGACCUCGAGCUGCUGAUCUCCGGCAUGACGUGCGCGUCCUGCGUCCGCAACAUCGAGGCCUGGCUCUCGCGGACGGCCGGCGUCACCCGCGCCUCCGUGGCCCUCGCCACCAGCAGGGCCCGCGUGAGGUUUGACCCCGAAGUCAUCGGCCCGCGGGACAUUGUCAACAUUAUCGAGGAAAUCGGCUUUGGAGCCUCUCCGGCCCAGAGAACGCCCAGCACUCAUCACUUGGACCACAAGGGGGAAAUAAAGCAGUGGAAGAAGUCUUUCCUGUGCAGCCUGGUGUUCGGCAUCCCUGUUAUGGGCUUAAUGAUCUAUAUGUUGAUACCCAGCAGCCGGCCCGAGGCCAUGGUCCUGGACCACAACAUCAUCCCAGGGCUGUCCGUUCUAAACCUUGUCUUCUGGAUCUUGUGUACCUUUGUCCAGUUCCUGGGCGGGCGGUACUUCUACGUUCAGGCCUACAAGUCUCUGAGACACAGGGCCACCAACAUGGACGUGCUCAUCGUGCUCGCCACCAGCAUCGCUUACGCCUACUCCUCCGUCAUCCUGGUGGUGGCCAUGGCUGAGAAGGCGGAGAGGAGCCCCGUGACCUUCUUUGAUACGCCCCCCAUGCUCUUCGUGUUCAUUGCCCUGGGCCGGUGGCUGGAACACGUGGCAAAGAGCAAAACCUCAGAAGCCCUCGCCAAACUCAUGUCCCUGCAAGCCACAGAGGCCACUGUCGUGACGCUUGGCGAGGACGACUUGAUCAUCAGAGAGGAGCAGGUGGCCGUGGAGCUGGUGCAGCGGGGCGAUGUCAUCAAGGUUGUCCCCGGGGGAAAGUUCCCAGUGGACGGGAAGGUCCUGGAAGGCAGUACCAUGGCCGACGAGUCCCUCAUCACAGGGGAAGCCAUGCCGGUCACGAAGAAGCCCGGGAGCACGGUGAUCGCCGGGUCUAUGAACGCACACGGCUCUGUGCUCGUCAGCGCCACCCAUGUGGGCAGCGACACCACCUUGGCCCAGAUCGUGAAGCUGGUGGAAGAAGCUCAGAUGUCAAAGGCCCCCAUUCAGCAACUGGCUGAUCGGUUCAGUGGAUAUUUUGUCCCAUUUAUCAUCAUCAUUUCAACUUUGACGUUGGUGGUAUGGAUUAUAAUCGGUGUUACCGACUUUGGUGUUGUUCAGAAAUACUUUCCUACCCCUGAGCACAUCCCCCGGGCAGAGGUGGUCGUCCGGUUCGCGUUCCAGACGGCCAUCACGGUGCUGUGCAUCGCCUGCCCUUGCUCUCUGGGCCUGGCCACGCCCACGGCGGUCAUGGUGGGCACCGGCGUGGCUGCACAGAACGGCGUCCUCAUCAAGGGAGGCAAGCCCCUGGAGACGGCUCACAAGAUAAAGACUGUGAUGUUUGACAAGACCGGCACCAUCACCCGUGGGGUCCCCGAGGUCAUGCGGGUCCUCCUGCUGGUGGACGUGGCCACGCUGCCCCUCAGGAAGGUUCUCGCUGUCGUGGGAACGGCAGAGGCCAGCAGCGAGCACCCGUUGGGCGUGGCUGUCACCAGAUACUGUAAAGAGGAACUUGGGACAGAGACCCUGGGGUACUGCACAGACUUCCAGGCAGUGCCAGGCUGUGGAAUCGGCUGCAGGGUCAGCAGUGUGGAUGGCCUCCUGGCCAACGGUGAGCGCCCGCUGAGUGAGCCGGCCGCUCACCUGACCAGGGCUGGCAGUGCUCCCGAGGAAUCAGCAGCUCCCCAGACCUUCUCUGUGCUGAUCGGAAACCGCGAAUGGAUGAGGCGCAAUGGCCUAGCUGUGCCCGGCGACGUCGGCGACGCCAUGGCGGACCACGAGACGAAAGGCCAGACCGCCAUCCUGGUGGCGAUCGACGGUGUGCUGUGCGGCAUGAUCGCCAUCGCGGAUGCUGUCAAGCGGGAGGCGGCCCUGGCCGUGCACACGCUGAAGAGCAUGGGUGUGGACGUGGUUCUGAUCACGGGGGACAACCGGAAGACAGCCAGAGCCAUCGCCACCCAGGUGGGCAUCAGCAAAGUCUUCGCGGAGGUGCUGCCCUCCCACAAGGUGGCCAAGGUGCAGGAGCUGCAGAAUGCGGGCAGGAAGGUCGCCAUGGUCGGGGAUGGGGUGAACGACUCCCCGGCCUUGGCCCAGGCCGACGUGGGCAUCGCCAUUGGAACGGGCACGGAUGUCGCCAUUGAGGCGGCCGACGUCGUCCUCAUCAGAAGCGAUCUGCUCGAUGUGGUGGCCAGCAUCCACCUGUCCAGGAGGACCGUCUGGAGAAUACGGCUCAAUCUGGUGCUGGCGCUCAUCUACAACCUGCUCGGGAUACCCAUUGCAGCAGGUGUCUUCAUGCCCUUCGGCAUCGUGCUGCAGCCAUGGAUGGGCUCGGCGGCCAUGGCGGCCUCCUCCGUGUCUGUGGUCCUGUCCUCGCUGCAGCUCAAGUGCUAUAAGAAGCCUGACCUGCAGAGGUACCAGGCCCAGGCCCAGGGCCGCCUGAAGCCCCUGACCCCGUCGCAGGUCAGCGUGCGCGUGGGCAUGGACGACCGGCGGUGGGACUCGCCCCGGGCCACGCCCUGGGACCAGGUCAGCUACGCCAGCCAGGUGUCCCUGUCCUCCCUGCGGUCCGACAGGCUGUCUCGGCACAGCGCUGACGACGGUGGGGACAAGUGGUCUCUGCUCCUGAGCGACAGGGAUGAUGAGCAAUGCAUCUGAAAGCCCCGGGCGCGGGCAGCUGUCGGGCCGCCUGGGGACGAGGCUCGGCCGGAGGGCGCAGGUCACAGCGGCUGCAGGCGUUGGAGCUCCUCUCUGCCUUGGGCCCUUCCGGCGUGGACACCGCCCGUCACCCUUCCCUGCGCGUGGCCUCUCCAAGGUCUGGCCCCCACGCAGGCCUGCCCUGCCUGCAUCGCACGGGCCAGGGCAGGCCUCCUGGCCUCCCCGUGCUGCUGCCGUGGGCUUGCUCGGGGCCUUGCUGGGCUCGAGAGGCCCUCCAGCUCUCCUCAGACCUGGGCUUUAGAGUUUGGGGUGACGACGUAGGAAACAAGGAAAAUCUCACCAGAACCAAGAACUCAGCCGGGUCUUUCCAGAACUCAGAAAGCCUUGGCAUCGGGCUCCUUCUGACGACGUGCACUGUGUACCCGAGACCGUGGUCUACCUCGCUGCCCCCGUGUCCUCACGUGGGUCCCGUCAUUGGGGGCAGGCCUCGUGGCCCUGCCACCGCCCCAGCCCUCUGCACGUGCCCCCAUGUCUGCUCCGCCUGGGUCUGCGCCUCCCACACUGAGGGCUGGUUUCUCGCUCACACGUCGCUUCGCCAUGGAGUCGGAGUGCGUGGCGUCUCACUCCACAGAAGGGGCUGCUGGUUUCAAUGCCCAGCCGCAGUGGGGUGUCAGUCCAGAGGCUCGAGAAAUCUGCAACCUGUCGGCCCCAGAUGCUGGGGCCCCUGGGCACCCGUGGUGCAUGAAACGGGUCCUAUGUGGGAGAUGUGUGCCUCGGGAAGCCUCGGCCACACAGUCGGCGCCGUGAUGGGCCCUCACGGAGUGCAGCAGAGGUCUCCCGUCAGCGGUGCCCGGUGCUGUGCGGCGCCCACAUCGCCACGAGCCCCCGCCUCUGCUCCCUGUGUUGGCACCGUGUGAGAGCGCGGACGCAGCUCCCCAAAGGGGAAGCCCACAUGGGACUUGGGGUGCCUCUGGUGCAUGACGUCAGAGGGGCAGGGGUGGGGCUCGGACCCUGGGGCUGGAGGUGACGGGGCCACGUGGGUGCAGACCCGUAGACUCGGAAUACAUUUUCAGGUGAAGCCCUCAACACGGAGUGUGGUUUCAGUUAUUUAUUGAGCACAGUGAUUUUCCAGGGACAGUGUAAGCACUCUGUCCAGCAGACCAGCUGAGUCGUGUGUCCGGCUGUCACCACGAAUUCUGUUUGCUUGAUGAGAAUAAGCAGGAAAGAAGCCUUUGCCCCUGGGAAGCGAACUGCCAUCUGACGGGCUCCUCGCGUCGGCUCGGAAUGGGAUUCGGUCGCAAGGUCGACUCGCCUUUGCCCGGGACGGUUCGUUCCCCGUUUUGCGAUACUGAGUUUCUGCGGGGUCUCGUCCUCUCAAACCGAGUGCGGGGCCUGUUUUCAUUGUUUCCCCUCCUUUCCCUCCCCAGCCCCGUCCUGCUCUGUGUCCGCGUCCCUUGUGUCCUCUGUGCAUCCCUGGCUGUGCUCUGGGGAUGUUUCUUGUUUUCUGACUAGGCUAUUCACUGUCUAAAGAAUCUGAUUGUAUUGAUUUUUCAAAAAGCUUUUAGGGUCAUAAACAUGUUUAUAGGGACAUGAAAAUAUUUAUGUAAUUGUACAGAAUACAACCUUUUAGUUCAAAGAGUAAGAAUUUUUUGUCAGAUAUAAGAACAGUUCUUCGAAAACUUUCCAUGCUAUAUUAGAAUAAAGUUUCUUUUCACCUAAAAGCCCGCCUCAGCUGCCUGUGUCUGAGCCAGCAGCACCGCCCUCAGCAGGGGUGCCUGGGGCCAGCGCUGCUGGGCCUCUGCGGAGGGCAGAGGUCGGGGCUGCCUCCACGCGGGCUGCGAGGGCGCCAGAGCCCCCGAUCUGCAUCCCGCGCCUGGGAAGCCCUCUCCCCAGUGCCGGGCCCGCCUCGGUGGUGUGUGGGGAGAACUCUGAAGGGCCACCACCCCGUCGGGGUCUGUCCCACAGGGCCAGACACGGGCCUGGAAGACACCUUUAAGACGCAGGCCUCUUGUGCAGGGGGC